AGGCGCUGUCAGUUGAGGGGGCCUUCCUUGCUGUUAAAACUGUGUCGCGCACUUAUGACGUCCUCUUUAUCGCUACCCGAGAGGAGGCUAGGAAGUUUAGGUCCGCCGUCCAUCCCUAAUCAACAAUGGCCGAGGAAGGCGUUGCCGCCGGAGGUGUGAUGGAUGUCAACACUGCGCUCCCCGAAGUGCUGAAGACCGCACUCAUCAAUGACGGCCUUGCCCGUGGUAUCCGGGAGGCUGCCAAAGCCCUUGACAAGCGCCAGGCCCACCUGUGCGUCCUCGCCGCCAACUGCGACGAGCCCUUGUACGUCAGGCUAGUGGAGGCGCUUUGCGCUGAGCAUCAGAUCAACUUGAUUAAGGUUGAUGACAACAAGAAGCUUGGCGAGUGGGUCGGUCUGUGCAAGAUUGACCGAGAGGGCAAACCCCGUAAGGUGGUGGGGUGCAGCUGUGUUGUUGUCAAGGACUAUGGCAAGGAGUCUCAAGCCAAGGAUGUCAUUGAGGAAUACUUCAAAGCCAAGAAGUAAAAGAUGACAAUAAAAGUUUGAAACUGAAAA